UUUAUUUUUAUGACCUUGCCGCACAUGAUUUUGACAGUUUGCAGUUUAGUAGAGAAUAUUCCGUCGCCAGUAGCAGUUUGAUCAACUGGAGAUUUUUGUUCGUGGUCAAAGUUUGGAACCUUGACAGUGAAAUACUGUUUGCUUUUUGAGGCGACUAUCUAAUCGUUCGGUUAGUAUUGAGUAAUCAAAUUCAGUAUGUCCACCGUAUUACUAGCAUUGAGUCGUGUCUCGAGGCUUCAACGCUCAGUAGGUUGCAACGCUACCUUAUUACGGCGCUAUAUGCAUCUUCAGCAAGAUAAGGCUUUUGUCAAUGGCCGAUGGGUAGGAGCUCGCUGUGGUGGUACAUUCGAGGUGACGAAUCCGGCCAAUGGAAAAGUGAUCGGAACCGUACCAGACAUGGACGUCAGCGAUGCUAACGAAGCAAUUGAUGCUGCCUACAAUGCAUUCUACGACAAACAGUGGCACAACAGUACAGCGAAGGAACGAGCAGCGCUGCUAAAAAAAUGGUUCCAAUUAAUGGAGGAAAACCGUCAAGAGAUAGCACAAAUCAUGACCGCCGAAUCGGGUAAACCCAUUCCAGAGUCAUUGGGAGAAGUCACCUACGGAAAUUCAUUCGUCGAGUGGUUUGCAGAAGAAGCUCGCCGUAUUAACGGAGAAAUCAUCCCGGCUCCGCAGUCUAAUCGACAGAUAAUGCUCACCAAGCAACCAGUUGGUGUAGCCGGAUUGAUCACUCCGUGGAAUUUCCCGCAUGCUAUGAUUACCCGGAAAGCGGCAGCGGCCAUCGCGGCCGGUUGUACGGUUGUCGUCAAGCCAGCCGAGGAUACUCCAUUGACGGCAUUGGCACUGACCAAGUUGGCCGAGAAAGCCGGCUUUCCGAAAGGAGUAAUAAAUGUUGUGACAAGCAGCAGAAAGAAUGCGGCCAGCAUUGGAGAACUACUCUGCAAAAGUGAAAAGGUUUCAGCCAUUUCCUUCACCGGUUCGACCGAGGUCGGAAGACUCCUGUACAAACAGUGUGCCCAUGGAAUCAAACGGAUCGGUUUGGAGUUGGGAGGUAACGCUCCAUUCAUUGUGUUUGAUUCUGCUGAUUUAGACAAAGCCGUUGCUGGAGCUAUGAAUUCCAAGUUUAGGAAUUGUGGUCAAACGUGCAUUUCGGCAAAUCGAUUUUUAAUUCAGGACGGAAUUCAUGAUAAGUUCAUUGCAAAGUUGACGGAAAAGUUGAAGGCCCUCAAAAUUGGCGAUGGAAGUCAGGAAGGAGUCCAGAUUGGACCUUUGAUUAAUCAUGCCCAGGUCGACAAAGUUUCAAACUUUGUUGAAGAUGCUAAACAGAAGGGAGCCCAAGUUAUAUACGGUGGUCGUCAGCUGUCUGACAAAGGAACUUUGUUCUACGAACCAACGAUUGUUACCCAUUUGCGAGACGAUAUGAAACUUUAUAAUGAGGAAAUUUUUGGACCUGUAAUUUCCAUUAUUCGAUUUAAAACGGAAGAGGAAGCAUUAAGGAUUGCUAACGGUACGCAACGUGGUUUAGCUGGUUAUUUCUACAGUUCGGAUUUGAAUCAAGUGUUCCGAGUUUCGAGACUGCUGGAAACGGGAAUGAUCGGAGUUAACGAAGGACUUAUUUCAUGCGCUGAGGCAGCUUUCGGAGGAAUAAAGGAGUCUGGCAUCGGCAGAGAGGGUUCGAAGCAUGGCAUCGAUGAAUAUGUUUACAUCAAAUACCUUUGCUACGGAAAUCUUGAAUGAACAAAGUUGAUGGAAUCCGUCGAAAUGAAGGAUCGCUGAAGGAAUGUGCAUUAUCUUGACCGCUUAUCUUCUCACGCUCAAAUCAUAUUGCUGCUGUGAUGCACACAAUAUGCAAAUAUUUCAAAAUUAGAAUACGUUGCCUGCGCUUGCAGAAGCGGCUCUAAGAUCAAUAUUAUUAUUGUUUCUUCAUUUCGUAACGAUUCGAUCGAUAUGGUCUAUUAUUAAACAAAUGAGAUUGCAUAUUGUGUGUGCAUGAUAAUGCACGUAAACCAGGAAUGCGAUAAAAUUAGUCUUCCAAGUCGUAAUUUAAGCAAUUAUUACUCAAUAGAAAGCAUUUAAUAACCAUACCAAACGUGUAAAGACAUUAGUCUGCAGGCGAGUAUAAGUGUAAUUAAAGGUUCACA